GAUGCCCGACCCAACCAAAGCACAUGGACAGACGCGAGCGAUUGCGAGGGGACCGGAGAAGACACGGCACUGCCGUCUGCUGUGCUCCCGGCUCCCCCGCCCCGCACCACAAGCGCGUGCGCGCCGUCAAGUCUCCUCUACAGCAACUUCCACCGCGUACUCCCUCCCUCGUCCCGUCUCCAAGUUUCGCGGGGGGCGAAGGUUGCUAGCCAGAGCAGUCGCGGUCUGCGCUGCGGCACCGGCACGGCGACGAGGUGGGGAUGGAGUACCGCGACAAGCUGGUGCUCGCGCCCAUGGUCCGCGUGGGCACCUUGCCAUUUAGGCUACUGGCUGCUGAAUAUGGUGCUGAUAUUACUUAUGGAGAAGAGAUUAUUGAUCACAAAUUGUUGAAGUGUGAGCGUGUUACAAAUGAAUCUCUUGGGACUACUGAUUUUGUGGAGAAAGGGACUGACAGUGUAGUUUUCCGUACAUGCCCAGAAGAAAGGGGUAGGGUUGUAUUCCAAAUGGGCACAUCAAAUGCUGUGAGGGCACUUAAAGCUGCUCAGCUUGUGUGUCAGGAUGUUACUGCUAUAGAUAUCAACAUGGGCUGUCCAAAGUCUUUUUCGCUUAGUGGAGGGAUGGGUGCUGCAUUACUCUCCAAGCCUGAGCUUAUACAUGAUAUUUUGACAACAUUGCGGAGGAACUUGGACACAACAGUGACAUGUAAAAUCCGUCUUCUGAACACACCUAAAGACACUGUGGAGUUGGCGCGCCGGAUUGAGAAAACUGGUGUUCCAGCUCUUGCUGUCCAUGGAAGAAAGAUUAAAGAUAGACCAAGAGAUCCUGCCAAGUGGGAUGAGAUAGCCGAUGUUGUGUCAGCGCUGUCAAUUCCUGUUAUAGCUAAUGGAGAUGUCUUUGAGUAUGAGGAUUUUAAGAGAAUUAAAGAUGCUACAGGUGCUGCUUCUAUUAUGGUUGCUAGAGGUGCCAUGUGGAAUGCCUCUAUCUUUUGUGCCAAAGGAAAAACACCUUGGGAGGAUGUCAAGAGAGAGUAUGUACGAAAGAGCAUAUUGUGGGACAACGAUGUGAAGAGCACGAAACAUACCUUGAAAGAAAUGAUAAUGCACUAUUCUUGCCUUGAACUUCCUGAGGGGAAAGGUGUUAUUAAGUGUGAUACAUCAGAAGAUUUAGCGAGACUAUAUGGGGAGGAGGACUACUAUAAUUUUGUUGUUUCAAAUAGGAAAUGAAUACAGUUUGGUGCUGUGAGCUUUCAUGUGUAUCAGCUUCUGCUUGGAUUCCUAUCUCACUUUUUAUUACUGGGAUUAGGAGGAAUCUGCCCUGUCACCAAGGAAAACGAUUCGCCAUUUUUGCGCUGUCUGGACGUAGGACCACUAGUCCAGUAAGGGUUUUCAAAUUGGGGGAAAAAAAAGACACUGGAGCUGCUGAUCUUUCCCUUCUACUGGUAAUAGAUAGGUGCAUACGGCUGGAAUUAAUCAAACACCAGAUUUUUUAAAAAAACUGAUACUAAUCUAGACCAUGGAAAUUUUGUCAUGUAUUGUUGGUGGAGAUACUAUGGUGCUUUUGGGGGAAUUCAAAUAGACUUCGACAUGUUGACUGUACUGUUAUGGCCCUGUGGUCUAACAGAGUUUUCAUGAUAUGUCUUUGACUGGUAUUUAGCCUGGCACUUAAUAUUUGCAACUCA